CAGCCUGGCGGGCCGGGACGGCUUGACCGCGGCGCCGGUCUGGUGACGCUUACCCGUGAUCACGUGACGUGCAGCAGGGCGUGGGCUGUGCGGACCGAUGGCGAGAACAGUCGGAAAAGUGGAAAGCUGAGAAACCGCGCAUGACAUUAAAUUACUGGUGCCUGUGAUUAUUUUGAGAGCGAUCAAACUUCGAUAAAACGUACCACCCUUAGAACGUUACAAACAAUGCAUCUAACUCUGGUGUAACUUCGCCGACGUUAACAAGAUGUACAUCCCUGUAAGAUGUGUACAUCUGCUCUAACGAUCUGCCUCCAAACUCGCCUCUCCUGGCAUCUCACCAAACUUUUCGGUAGUAGACUAACGAGGAACAGCUGCAUCGCAUGCAUUUAGUUUGUCUAGUCUUAACUCGUAGAAUUUUCUAUGCAUUUUGUGCAUUUCAUGUAUUGUCGUCUUUUCUGGUGUACUUGAGCCUGAAGCCAAGCUCAAACAACGCUCAGUCUGGCAAUGCGAAUUAUGUGAGAUGACGGCUGUGAUGAUUUCAAAGAAUGACGAAGUACAGUCUCAGAUCAUGUUAAUACAGGUCGUGACAUCCAACUGGUGUAGUAUUAUCUACUAACAACCAACGGAACCCAAGGGAAACGCGGUCUUUCAUCACUAACAUACCAUCCACUUUGUAAGUACCAUUCGCCAUGUUGUGCUUUGUUGCUCUCCUCGCAUGCUUGGUGGCUUUUGCUUAACCUAUUAGCCCUUUCUGUUAGCUUUCGUGGAUUCGGCCGAGCUCUCAUCACCAAAGGCUAGCGUGUCAAAGAGUGGCGGUUUGUCCUCUGUGUAACUCAUGAUCCACCCGCUGUCUGCGCACCUCAGCGCGGUGUUCCGCCACCGCAUGUCAAACAGUCGCCGAGGAGGUGGCUGCCGAUCUGGUCUGGACGGCUGGUGCGCGCGUGCCGGCAGGGUGACGCUGCCUGCCUCGCGGUACGGCCACCUGGGCGCCCCGCCCGCUCACGCCGUCGACGCUCACCACGAGCACUCCGACUCCGGCCUGGGCAACGAGUCGCCGAAUGAGUUCACCAGGAUGACGAACGGGUCGCCUGUUCUGAGCCUGGCGGCCACCUCCCGUGUGAGUAGUGCGCCGCUGGCGGUCGCGGCUGCCGCCACGUCGGAGUCGGACCGCGUCUCGCCGGCCCUCUCGCCGCUCUAUGACUGCGCUCUGCCUGGCUCGCGCACCCCUGGGCCGCGGCCGCCGCCCGCUUGGACCGCCUCGCUGCCCCGACCACCCGCCGCCACCACGGCCUCCUCGCCGGUCACUAACUGUCCAAGCACCACUAACGCGGGCUUCGAGAGCGGAGGCGGCGUGCCGGGGCUGAACGGCUUUGUGACCGAGCUUCGGCAGCUGAUGAGUGUGGAACGCGGCGAGCGGACGUGGGCGCAGAGCGACAGCAGCGCUACCGCGACGCCGCGCGCCGUGCCGUCGGUAGCCGCCGGUCAUCGCUCCGAUGUGCACCUGCCUCAGAGGUUACACGAGAUAGCCACGCCACUCUGA